GUUUUUUCCUUUUUCCUUUUUCCUUUUUCCUCUUUUUUCUUUUCUUUCUUCUUUCUACCUACCUAUGACUGACCAGCCACCUCAACGUACUCGUCUAUCCAAGUCUAAGGCAACUGCCUCUACAACAGCUAUUCAGGCACUAGAGAUAACUACGUCAGCUGUUGGAAGUUCUGAUAUUGAUCAUUCUCCCAUUGUAACAACACCCAUAAUACCAGCAAUAGAAGAAGAAGAAAAUGAUAUACAAAGAAAACAGUCUCAUCGUCAUCACCACCACCAUAUCCGCUCACCCGCGUUUGAGGCUCACUCCAACUUGACUUCUCCGCUUCCCUCCCCACAAAUUAUAGAUGGUACUAUUUCUGGUGAACUUGUCUUACCUCCCCCUGCUUUAAAAGUACCUUCAGAAGCCAUUGUAGCCCUUCAAGAUGCAACAAGUGUCCAAAGCAAAAAAUUUAGUAAGAAAGGAUCACCACUGUUUGAAUCCUCUUUUUUUUCAGCAGCACUCUUGAUCCAAUGGUCUAAUUUGAUGGGACCCAAAGUAGAAAAGGUAUGGUCUGUUGAACCAGUAGAAGAAAAACUUCAGAUGAUGAUUGGAAGACAAGUGUUGAAUGGAGAAAUGGGCCGUACUCUCAAAGGUGUAGAACCCAAAUGGAUCGUGUUGCAUCGCCAGGCUAUUAUCUGUACAGCCUUCUUAUUUCAUGAUCCGACACUCGAGUCUUUAUGUGCCUUUGUUUUUGUUGUGCCUGUACGUUAUUUGCGAAACUUCUCUCAAUACUUUAAUGUGUUGUGUGGGCGCAUCCCUGCUCAGCUUGUUGAACCAUUACUCAAGUUACGCAAGGUCUUUAAACGUCAUUCCAUCGUAAGAUGAGAUACUGUACUUAUCGAGAUACCUAAUCUUAUCUUAUAGACUUGGGAUACCGCAUUAAAUUAUUUUACUGUAGAAAAACUAGCGCCUUUUGUAAAGUCAGUAAUGGAUUUAGAAUCUGUAUCAUUGCCUUUAGAUUGUGUCAAGACGAGCCAUACUAUCUUGAGUGACGAGUCGAGACAAAUGUUGGAUUCUCCAUUUAU